AUGUAUCGGCUUGGUCACUGCCUGCUGGGAAUGUUCGCUCUAAUCGCUGAUGCUUUCGUUUGGGACGAGCUCACCUUUCCUUCUCCCAGCUCCCACCAUUCAGGUAUUUGGUGGCUGCUUUCAAGUUCUUUUCAGCUGCUAGCUGCAUUGGCUAAAUUGUUAUACUGGCGGCUUUUCAUCCUCCGCCUCGUGAUCCGGCUGCUCGGCGCUCAUCGCCGUGGCUUUGGUCGCUGUCUCGUCGCCUUCGCAGCAGUAAACAUUUGCGCAGUUGUCUUCUCCCUUUAUUUCUGUCUCCUUCCCCUCCGUCUCUCUCGUUGGCGUGCCACGGCUUCCUCCACCUCCUCUGAACUGUAUUGGCUCCUGCUCCACGCAGUGCUCGGUCACGUCGUCCUCGCCAACAUCGUCGUCCACUUCCUUGCUGGUGUCUUGUGCUCGCCUGGUCAUGUGCCUCCGCUCUCUCCACUACCUCCACACCUCCCCCGAACGAUGUGCGCCCGUUGCCUGCGCCCACGCCCGUGGCGGGCUCAUCACUGUGUGGUCUGUGGGGUAUGUGUGCUGCGUAUGGAUCAUCACUGUCCUUGGCUAAAUAACUGCGUGGGGCUGCGCACCCACAGACACUUCUUUCUCUUUUUGGCCCAUCUUGCUAUUGGUAUUGUGUAUUUGUAUGUGGCGGGGUUCGGAGACUUUGUGGAGCACUCGAGUCAGGUGUGCCAAGAUGGCGAGCAUCAUCGAAUCAAUUGCCUCGUCCACACAGUCCUGUGUGCUAUCUACCGUGUCGCUGCGUUAGUUUUCGUAUUCGUAAUGGGCCUUCUUCUCUGGCACGGUCGCCUCAUCGGACGUGGAGAAACCAGUGUGGAGUAUCACCAGAAUCGGAGGCUGGCACGGGCUUUGAGCAAGCAUCACCUCAUCUUCCGCAAUCCCUUCGAUUUUGGACCUCGCGUUAAUUGGUUUCGCUUUCUGGGUCUCCAAAUUUCCACAGAUGCGAGGGUGGUGGAGAGGAGGAGAAGCUAUGGAGGAAUUGAGACUUUUGUGAAGAGGUUUAUUCUGUAUGUACUGCUACCGUUUAACUGCCCACCGUUUGAUAGUGAUGGGAUGGAGUUUGAGACGCAUGAACCGGAUGCGGUCCAGUUGAUCUCGUUGGCUGUGGCACUUUGGUCACGAGUUCCCAGUCUGAGGAUUGUAAAAGACGAUACUGUCGCUAGGAACGCGCUCAAUCUUGACGGUAAAAAUUCUUCUAAGAAGAGGAGAUUUACUCCAAACAUAUCAAAGGCUUUGGCAAAAAUAUCCCAAUCUGACGGCACGAAUCCACCUCCAAAGAACCGGAAUUCCCAUGAUUCAGCCAAAAAAUCGAAUACCAAACGACCUCGCAUAAAUCGUCAAUUAUUAGAGGGUGAAGAGUCGCGUUAUGUUCAAAGCUACUCCAUAUUUGAGACCGGUCUUGGUUGCGUCCCACAAUCUGACAAAAAUACCGUCGAACUGCAAUCCCUCCCAACUCGAGCUAACAGGACAUCCGUGCAGGCUGUGGCUCAGUCGCCAUCAUCUCCGAUGGAUGUCGAAUUAGAUGGUUGCCGUAGAGCCCCCGUCACUGAUGUUCAACAAUUUUUCAGAUAUCCACCCAUCUGCAUGCCUCCGGAUCCUCCUACUGCCUUUGAUACUAACAAUCUUGCUUCCCCAUCCGUUCCAGAUUGCUCAGCAAACUUAGGGACGCCGAAAAGCCUCCGCUCUACUGUGAUUCCUUCGCAACUCUUUGACGAAACCUCCCUCAAUGGCAGUCUCUUUCAUCUCCGAAUCCCCGAUGCCCUUCUUUCAGAGGAGUCGCCUCUACAAAAGGAGGGCAAAUUUGGCAAGAUUCAACUGUUAGACAACGGCGAGACGCGUUUGGUAAUCGGUGAUUGUUUCUUGCGUCUCACUAGUCCGGGUGUCACCUCCUACUCCUCGGAUGUGGUGUUAGUGGAGGACGAGGGCGGGGAGGAGGAUGGAGGUAUGGUAAACCUUAACUCCCUCGGUCACAUUGAUCAGUUUGUGACAGCAGUACCCGAUCUCGAGCGCUUUUCCAAGUUGGAGAAUGGUGUAUUUCUGAAAGACGGUGAGCCUUUCCGUUACAUAUCGGGUAGUUUGCACUACUUUCGUAUUCCACGAAUCUACUGGGAGGAUAGGCUUUUAAAAGCCAAGAGCGCCGGUUUGGAUGCGAUUCAAAUUUACAUACCUUGGAACUUUCAUGAACCAAAGCCUGGUGAAUAUCUUUUCGAUAACGAAAGAGACGUUGUUGAGUUUAUAAACCUUGCCCAAAGGAUAGGUUUGCUUGUUCUCGUUAGGGCUGGUCCUUACAUUUGCGCUGAAUGGGAUUUUGGUGGACUUCCACCUUGGCUCCUAUCCUCAAAUCCUAAGCUGGAAUUACGUUCUUCUGAUCCAGAAUACCUCAAGCCUGUUAUUCGAUGGUUCGGUCAGUUACUCCCUAAAUUGAAGCCACUAAUUUAUCAAAAUGGUGGACCCAUAAUUAUGAUCCAAUUGGAAAACGAAUAUGGAUCCUAUUUCACCUGUGAUCAGGAGUACUUAUCCGCACUUUACGAGUAUGCCAGAUUCAUUCUUGGCGAUGAGAUAAUCCUGUACACAACGGACGGAAACAACAUGAUCGAGCUGAGAUGUGGCUCAUCAGACCGCAGAUUGUUUGCAACCGUUGAUUUCGGUGUUGAUGAAGCCAAACACCCAAAUGACUCAUUCAAAGCUCUCCAACAAUUCCAACCCCAUGGACCCUUGGUCAACAGUGAAUAUUAUUCGGGAUGGUUGGAUCACUGGGGUGAGAAACGUCACGUAGUCGACGCCAAUGCGGUGGCAGAGGGAGCACUCAAUCUCUGGAAUAUGUCGCAAGGUGUCAGCUUUAACAUUUAUAUGUUCCAUGGAGGCACCAAUUUUGGUCUCUGGAGCGGGGCCAAUUCACCGACCGAAUUCAUAAUCACCUCCUAUGAUUAUGACGCUCCAAUCUCUGAAGCCGGUGACAUUACUGCCAAGUACCUUAUUCUGCGAGACCUAUUUUACAGGCUGAAGCAACAGGUUCCACCUCCUAUUCCAGUCAAUAUCUCUAAAGCCCACUACGGCGUAAUUGGACUGAAUUUUUUCUCACACCUACUCUACGACCUACAAGGAGGCGUUGCCUCUUUUAAACCCCUCUACAUGGAAGCGCUCGAACAGUACCAGGGCUUGAUGGCUUAUACCGCUAUCCUGGAACACGAUGAGGGCAAGGCAAAUUUGACCUUUGAGGGAGUCAAGGAUACCGGGCUGGUAUUUACAACUGACUUCCGGGCAGGAUCAAUCAUCUUCCAUGGAUCGGUUUCCGGAUGUGGUAGCUUGAACAUUACUGUGGACAAGGAGCACCCAUUCCUCAUCAUUGUCACGGAGUGUAGGGGUCAUGUCAACUUCGGUCCUCUUAUGUUUGGUGACAUCAAGGGCAUAGUUGGGCGUGUUCUGUUGGAUGGGAAGGAAUUGCUCAACUGGGUGAUGAAGGCGCUCGAUUUCAGGACCGUCAACCCACCUGAUCCAAUACGUAUCAAUACUGAGGGAACAGCAUUUCCUGCUCCUGGAGCGAUUUACAAAGGUGUCUUUCACGUACCCUUUCCACCAAUGGAUACGUUUGCUGUGGUGACUGGUUUUACUCGCGGUGUUUUGGCGGUGAACGGUCACAUUGUGGGUCGAUUCUAUCCCUCCGCGGGACCACAAGUGAGUCUCUACGUACCCUCCAGCAUGCUGAUCUGCGGAGAAAACGUUGUCAGCAUUUUAGAAUUUGAGAAAAUUCAAUCGACUUGUCUUAAAAAUGCAUCCUUCUGUUCCGUCACCUUUCGCGAUUCGCCUGUGUGGCUCAAUCGAAGUGUCCUUUAA